CGACGUCACUUUUAUGUGCAGCUGCGUUUUCCAAAAGAAGCAGAAGAAGCAGAAGAAGCAGAAGAAUCCCAGCCGGAACCGGAAACACUCCAAAACAGGAAGCUGCGAAAAUGGCUGAAGUGGUCGAGCUCCAUAAACUGAAGUUAGCUGAGCUGAAGCAGGAGUGUGCACUCCGGGGGCUGGACGUUAAGGGAAACAAAGGGGAUCUGAUUGCACGGCUGCAGGCGUACAUCGAUGAACACGAAGAUGACGUCAAUGAGGAAGAAGUCUUAGAAGAGUUUACAGAGGAGGCAGCAGCACCUGAAGCAGAAGCUCAAGAAGAGUCGGCUGCACCUGACACGGAGGCAACAAAAAAAGUUGUUAAAAUCACCCUUUCUGAAUCGGCUGAUGAGAGAUUGCAGAAAAGAGCAGAACGCUUUAAUCUUCCUCCAUCCUCAGAUACCAAGAAGGCUGCACGUGCUGCAAGGUUUGGACUGCCAGAAACAUCAGCAUCCUCCAAAGGAACCUCUGCUGUUUCAAAAACAAAUGUCGAUGUUGAGGUCCUGAAGAAGAGAGCAGAGCGGUUUGGCAUGAACGUCUCUUCUGUGUCUAAGAAGGUUGAAGAGGAUGAAAAGCUGAAGAAGAGGAAGGAGAGAUUUGGAAUUGUCACAAAUGCAGCCUCACUUGGAGCUGAUGACUCAGAGGCAAAGAAGCGAAAACGAGCGGAGCGGUUUGGAAAUGUGUGACUGUCUAAGCAAUUUUUUUACUUUUUGUAAUUUUUUUUUUUUUUUUUUUUUUUUUAAUUAUUUUUCAACUGUUGGAACAUGAUGUACUUUAGUUACUUGUUGUGUUGCAAGUUCUGUACAAUAAACGUCUGCCAAAUUUC